GACAGCCUCUCCACCCCACAGGAUGCCUGGAAGAAACUGAAACAAAGGACAGUAACUAUAGGGAUAUGAGUGAUUUGUGGACCCAGACUAGAAGGAGGCUAGUCUGUCAAAGAAUCUUAUUGGAACAUCUCUAAGGAAAUGAGUGAGCAGUCAGUGACCUUUGUGGACCUCAGAUUUCAUACUCCUGAAGAGCAGAAGAGAAAACAAAGACCAAAACAUGCCAGGGUCACAGAAUCUCCUCCAUCUUUACCAUGGCUCCUUACAGUGAUUCUGGGGCUCCUCUGUCUGGCUUUGCUAGUAACUGCAAGGGUUUGGGUUGCCAUGGCGCUCCAGGCUUCCCAUGAAGUGAGAAGACAGAAUGAGGAACUUAUCCAGAAACAGGCUAUUCUGAAAAACUUCACCCAGUUGCAGGAAACCCUGAAAAACUGCAUGCAACAAAGAGAUGAUCUCCAAGCCAAUAACACAGAACUCUCAAAUGUUGUGAAUAGGGAAGGAGAUAAAUGCAGCUCUUGCCCUGAGGGCUGGAUACAGCAUAGAGGGAAGUGUUACCAUUUUACACAUGAAAGAAACUCCUGGCAGAAGAGUCGAGAAUACUGCUCGUCUCAUGGCUCCAGACUGCUGAGGAUAGAGAACAAGGAAGAACUGGAUUUCAUAAACAGACUGGCGUGUUUUCACUGGAUUGGACUAUUCCGUACGGGAGCUGUUACAAGCUGGCUGUGGGAGGAUGGCACAACUUAUUCCACUAACCUGUUCCAAGUAAAGAAGAAAGAGCCUGGAGAGGCCUGUGUACUUUUGAAUGCAGGAGAAGCCUCCUCCUAUAAUUGUACACAACGAUAUCGCUGUAUUUGUGAGAAGAGAGCUGCUUAGCUGAAGCCUGAGGAUCACAGCAUCCGAGACACGUAUCCUGGGAUGUUCCAAAGACAAAGAGAAAUCACUUCAAUUUGCUGUGUUACCAUUCAGACUGAGGGGCUGCAGUUUCAGGUGAUAAAACACACAGCAGACUGUCAAGAUGCAGGGCAGAGACCCCAAACUGGAAUGUUCUCCAGCCAACCAGAGCACUCCCACCAUAC